AUGAGGCCAGACAUUGCCAAGGAUCACCUCAUUACCCCCGACAACAAGCUGCGCUGGCUAACGGCUGCUAGUCUGGCAACUUUCCUCGUGCUCUGCAUCGCCAUCACUGCCUACUUCAUAUACGCUGACGACGCGCCGAUUCGUGUGACGCCCAACGUGCUGCUGUGUGCCACCAGUGGCCGCGGGACGGACAAGCUGUCCGAGGCCCUGGACGCCUACUGCACGCACGUCAUCUACACCGGACCGCUGGUCAUCAAGCGCAUGCCCGGAACCGGAAAGCUCUUCGUCGAUGUUAAAGACAACGAGGGCUACCGCGUGUUCGCCGGUCUGACCAAGACCCACGAGCGGUACGUGUCCUUCCGCUGGAAGGCUGCCUCGUGGAACGAGGGCGACGUCCUCCAGGCCCUCGUCACCUAUCUGCGCUUCAACAGGCUGCGGGGCAUCGAGCUCGUCAUGAGCAGCCACACCGACAGGGCCAAGCUCAUACGAUUCUGCGAGAACUUCGUGCAGAAGAUGAAGACCAACGCGAGCCUCAUCUUAAGGGUUGAGAAGGCUGUGCAGCUCAACAAGGGCCUCUUCAAGAAGCUGGCUAGUCUCCCCGCGUACUUGGUCCUGGAGGCGCAAGUGGUGAACAUGCCCGGACUGCAGACCAGGCGCUUCCCAAACGCGUACCAGCCUUUCGCUGGCUCGCACAAGAACGACGUCUACAUGAGGUACCGACUGUGGCAAGUGCACCCGUGGCGUCGACACCUGCACCUGGACAAUGUGUGCUUCACCAUCUCCAUGGCCGUCAUCAAGGCCCGGAAGGGACCCACCAGGAACAAAGUUCUCGAGUACUCCUAUACCAGCAUCAAGGAGCCUUGCGAGCAGAGCUCCAUGAAGAAAGGCGUGGACUGGAGAGCUCUGUCCCGGUUUCGCGAGAACCGGACAAUCUACUACGCCUACGACAACAAGCAGACCUUUACCAACAAGCUGUGGCGUCUGGCGCACGAGUUCCCGCGCUACUGCGUCGCCGCAUACGACGUCGAGAAGGACGACUUCGAGGGCGUUUGUCCCAAGAAGAGCGUGCCGCUGCUGCGCGUCGUCAGGAAGCUCGUCACGUCCGCCGUGCGGGCGCGGCUGGACUGA